AGUCAGAAGCGUAUCGCAUUCGUAAGAGUAAAUAUAUAAUAAAAACCAAAUUUGCGAGUUAAAGAAAAAUAUUUUUGUAUUAUUUUUUUAUUCACAAAUUACUCAUAUAAAGAGCUGUGAAAUUGUGCAAUCUAAAAACCAAGUGAAUUAAUAUCGUAAAAUUUCUUUUUAAGGCACAUUGAAGAAAUUCUAAGUGCAAGUGCUAAAUUAAAUAUCAAACAGUUUACAGAAAACCAUAUUUUAGAAAAUAAAAAAAAUUGCAAGCAUUUAUUAAAAUGGCGACAAGUGCAGACCAAAGCAAAUCUCCUUUGACUACCGCAAACGGCGAACUUGCUAUUGAACAAGGCAAAGAUGUACAGAAUCUGCUGCCACAUCUGGAAUCGCUUGAGCGUAUUAUUAAACUGCCGGUUGUAGGAGCAGCCUGGGACAAAAGUCAGGAUGUCUACCAAAAUGUCAAAGGCCGUAAUCGUGUCUUCAAUUGGGCACUCAAUGCCGCUGAGGAUUGCGUGUCACGCGCUGUUGUAACGGCCGCACCGAUAGUCUCGAAGCUCGAUCGCCCCAUACAAUAUGUGGACCAGACACUUGUCAAGGGUAUUGACAAGUUAGAAGUUUCAGCACCCAUUAUUAAGGAUACCCCAACGGAAAUCUACAACCAGGCUAAGAACAAAGUGGUCGAAGUAGUACAGCCACAUAUUGAACGAGUGACCAAAUUCAAGGCAGCCGGUCAGGAAAAGGCGGCCUCACUGAAAGAUUUGGCGUGGGCCAAGGCAAAUGAGGUGCUGGCAACACAGUACGGCAGUCUUGCCGUUUCGGGCGUUGAUACUACAACGGCUUUGGCGGAACGACUCUUGGAAUACUAUUUCCCUAAAGGCGAGGACGAUGUUGAGGAGGAUAAUGAUAAAAAACAAAUUGCUGUCGCGCAAAAUGGCAAGCACGUUGAAAAUGACACACCAGUUUCCGCCACCGAGGACCCCGUACUCCACACUGUCCAGACCGUUGGCCGACUCUCGCACAAGAUCUCGCGUCGUGUCUAUCAGAACGUAUCCAGACAGAUCAAGCGCAUGCAGCAGGGAAACUUAAACGACUAUCUCAGUUCACUGAUAGCUGCUUUGAAAUUGCAUCAAUAUAUUAAUUUCAUCAACUCAUCGAUGGGCACAAAUGUUGAACAAUCGACCAUAGCAGAUGCUAGUCCGAGCCCCAGCAGCACAUCCCCUACCACGGCGAGCAAAUGCACUGUAGUCGCUCUACCCUACACCAACAAAUCUGCAACAUCUACAGCAUCCUUACCGGCUGCGGCGCCGACAUCAGCGCCAACAUCAGCGCCAGCAUCAGCUGCAGGCUCACCUCCCACCACUUCUUCGGCGACAAAGCGAAGCAGCCAGAAUAAAACGCCGCCAAAGGGAAACUAAGCCAUAAAAAAUAGAUGCCCUAUUCUAUAUAUAACUAAAAAGUAAUAACACUUGAAUUAAAUAGAAAUUAUUCGAAAAUGAAUUCGCAUACAUAUUUUAUUAAACCUCUUUUUACAUACAUGUGUAUUCGUAAAUUUUCGUUUAUAUAAAGUUUGAAUAUCUAUGAGCGCGAGCAGAGAAGAGUGAAUAGUAGAUUGAAAUUUGAGCAAUGGCUCGGUUGAAUAACAAUCGCGUUAUGUUUCGUUUUUGAUUGAAUGAAAUUUUAGACAUACGCACAUACAUACAUACUUAGUUUACUGCUCUAAAUCGCGCUUACGUGCAUACCUAUUAAGUGAAUUUAUUAAGAAGAAACAAGAAGCCGAAGGAAGAGUAAGCAUGUAUGUACAUGUGUAAACAAAAAUGCGUAACUAGUAGAUAAUUAUAAGAAAAUAUCACACCCCUGCAUACACACAGCCAGCUCGAAGAACAAUUCGCUGAAAACAUUGCUCAGUUACGGGAAUGUGUAUGCAUGUGUUUGAUAUUCAAAGCUGUAAAUACUAUGUAAUGCACGUAUAAGUUUUCAUAAGUCAAUCAUGAUAAGUGCGAUCGCAUGAUCCUCUGAGAAGCGAAAGAAUCAAAAGUUUUAUUCAUUCUUGCACACCACUGUCUAAUCAUUUAUGUAUUUUUAUCUACUUUUAGGCGUUAAACUGUAAGUUUAACAAUUAGUUAUUGUAUAUGAUAAUUAAAUACAAUCAUUAGUCGUUAGCUGCGCUGAAGAUAUUUGCAUACCUACAUACAUACAUACAUACUUAAGUGCAUACAUACUUGUAUGUUCUACAUUCUAGAAAAUGUGUUUCAAUUAUUUUCUGAGUGCAUAUUCAUUAUCAUAUUUUAACUUUAACUACCUAAUUAAAAAAAAAAAUAUUAUAAUAAAAUGUAUGCAUUACAAAUAUUAUGCUGAAAUAAUAAAGAAUUGUGGAAAAUAAGAAA